AUGAGACUACAACAAGAGCUUAAUUCAAAGCCAGGUGAUGGAAGUCAAAUGCAGAUUAAUGGAAAUGCCCUUACUCCAUGUUCAACGUCACAUGUUUCGGCUUCACCUAUCGCAGUGAAAAGUUAUAAAACCUAUUGUUGCAAGCAGGAGCUUGCAAAGACUGCCAUAGGAGAGGGAUAUUCAUCCGAUAGCAACAUGAGCAGUUCUAAUUUGAUAACACCGCCAAGUGACCUUCAAACUAGCGUUCAACCUGCAACGUCUUCUCCAAUUACGAAUUCAACAUUUGUUACACCUAUUUCUAUGUCUGAAAGCCCCAAACGUGCGCAAAGUAAAAAGACAAGGGAGCUCAAUGAUAUGCUACAACUGAAUUUAGAUGACUUGUUAGACCUCAGGAACGACAAAACGCUUUUGUGUGAACAUGAUCCCGACUUAUUCAAAAAGUAUCCUGGCACACUCUCCAACAAUUUAAACCAGCUCAAGUCAUCUCCAUCCGUUUCAUCUCAAAAUAUGACAGUUUUUUCGCAAAAUUUAGAAGGUCUAGGAAGGAAUACCUUAGAUUCAAAGUCACAGUCUUCCAAUACUGAAUGGAGUAAUUCGAAUUCUCUAGCAUCCAAACCUAAAGAUAUCAACGUGAGCAGGCAGACACACGAGAGUCAACAGAUUCAUUCAGAUAGAUUUUCUGUCACUCCUCCAUCGAAGCCUCUCUCCAAGUGUUUCAAUUGUGGGACCACUAAAACCCCUCUUUGGCGAAGAGACUCGCAGGGCAAUACUCUCUGUAACGCAUGUGGCUUGUUCCAAAAACUCCACGGAACAAUGAGACCCUUAUCACUUAAAACGGACAUCAUCAAGAAGCGAAAUUCCAAGCGGCAGUCCUUUAGCCAAGUUCAACAAGGAGCUAUAUUCACCAAGCAAUUUGGCAUUAGUCCUUCCACCACGACACCGAAACAAAAAUUGCCCUUCCAAGGUAGCCCACAAAAUUUAACCAGUCCUGAAAUGUUUGGAGCACUUCAAACAAGCAUUCAUUCUGGUAUAAUUGCCAAUCAAAGUGUGAUUGUGUCUCAGAACUUCUCUGAUUCGCCUAACUAUGUUCAAAGGUCUAAUAUGGACUCAUCCUACGAGACUCAGAACUUCUCUAAUUUCGGAUUACAACCUGGACAUUUCUAUCAGCCAGGAGGAAAUAAACAUUCAGUCCCCCCAGUCAACAACAACCGAUCAAAAAAUGUCCCAAUUCUUCCCAAACCGUCAAACAGAUUCUCGCAAUCACUUUCGAAUCCGAAUACUCCGUUAGCAACUACUCCUAUCGCGCCUCAAUCUCCAACGGCUUAUUCUCCGACAAACUCAGGAUCGCUCCCAUACUUCGUCAAUCAUUCUCAGCCUCAAGACAUACCACGAUUCAAGAGGCUCAAAUCAAGGAGUUGUCUGUCUGCUGUAUCAGAUGCCUCUCCUCCUCCUUUGGCGCCCAUGCCUUCUAACUUGUCCUCCCGACAAGGGUCCAUCCCUAACAACCUCUACCACGACAUUCAAGCUAAACGAGGUAUUGUCAGUCAGGGAUUAUAUACCGAUGAUGCGUCUGUCCGCUUGAGCUCUGUGGUUGAUGGCGAAAUCAGCUUUGGAAGACUAAAACUCUACAAACAUGGUUCUUAUGAUCCGUCUAUCGUUGACUCUAAAGAUGAAAGUUGCACGUUUAAAGAUCUUGAUUGGUUGAAGUUUGAUGUUUAA